UUGCCGUAUUUGAAACUGUCAUUUAGGGAGCGAAGGAUGGGCCAACCAGUUGUUACCAUAUUUUAUAACCUACACGUAUCCCAAUCCGCCUUAUCUCGGCACACAAGCACGGGAUUUGCGGCCCAGCCUCGGAAAACCCUUUCUUCCCCCCUACCUAACACGGCUUUAACUCCAUCAAAUGCCACGUAUUAUCACAGCUUGGCCCAGGCGCUCAGAUCGGCCAUCAAUGAGAUAGGAUUGGAUCUCACGGCAUGGCGUGAUGCCGUUUCCAAUGACGAGAGAGAUAAAGAAAUCGUUCUGGUGGCAUCUUCUUCAGAUGAAGGGGAAGACCCCGAAUAAUCGAUAACACCUGCUCCCUUCGAAAAAGUACAAAGUG